AUGGGUUCCAACAGCCCCCCCGUCGACACCAUCGCCGCCACGUCCACCGCCGCCACCAACAUCACUUCCGCCGCCAUGACCGGCGCCCACGCGCUGCAGGGGGCCGCCGCCGCCGCCAACGGAGACCAGGCCGCCGCCGUCCCCACGGGCCUCGACCUCCUGCCCGCUACUUUGGCGGACCUCGCCGACAGCCUCCGCGCCAUCCGCUUCGAGCUCGCGGAGAUCGGGGCCGGCCAGCACCCGCCGCCCCACCGUCCGCCGUUCCGCCGCCGCCUCUACCGACCGCGGUUCCGCCGCCACCGCCACCGGCCGCCGCUACGCCGCCGCCCCCACCGACCGCCGCUACGCCGCCGCCCCCACCGCCCGCCUCCGCUGCCAGCCAGGGCCGGCCCGCGUGGUGGCCGCCGUCGCCCUCGCCGAUUCCCACGUGGACCGACGCGGCACCCGUCUACACCCAUAUCUGCGCCGCGGACGACGGUCCAGCCGCCCGCCCAUCGCCCUGGCGGUCCUGGCGGGUUUGCGGGGCCCUUCGCCGCAAGCACGUCCGUCAACCCAAGCCGCCAGGCGGACACCCCCGAGGUCCCGCCCGUGGCACCGCAGCCGCCCCGCUUCACGAAGCUGGAGUUCGCCACCUACGACGCGGACGCUCAGCACCGACCGCACAUGGAUCGCCUCCUAUCACCUACGGGCGCCGCGCAGACUUGGUACUACGCCCUCGAGCAGGACGAGGGCGGGAUGCCGCCUUGGGAGCGUUUCCGCGACCUGUGCCUCCAGCGGUUUGGGCCGACCCUCCGUGGCAGCCGCCUCGCCGAGCUGGGACGCCUCGCCUUCACCACCACGGUCCAGGACUUCGCCGACCGCUUUCAGGCGCUCGCGUGCCAUGCCCCGGGCGUCUCGGCACGCCAACGCGCCGAUCUCUUCGUCGGCGGCCUCCCCGACUACAUCCGCGUCGACGUCGAGAUGCGCGAGCUAGCGGACCUGCAGACGGCCAUGUACUACGCACGAGCCUACGAGCAGCGCGCCCUCGCCAUGCAGCAGGUCUACGCGCAGCGUGGCAGCGCUCGUCCCGCGCCCCGCCCCGCUCCGACGCCCACCGCCCCGCCACGCCCCGCACCGGCCCCUGCGCCCGCAGGCCCUCCUGCGCCAACUCGCCCCUUCAAACGGCUGACGGCUGCGGAGCAGAUUGAGCGGCGCCGCCAGGGGCUGUGCUUCAACUGCGACGAGAAGUACGCGCCGGGCCACACGUGCGCCCGCCUCUUCUACUUGGAGACAGUCGACGACGCCGACGUUGAGGCCCUCACCGCCGAGCUCGCGGCCGCCACCGUCACUGAGGCCGGUGUCACGACCUACGCGCCAGUCGACGCGUCCGCCUUCGUCGUGUCUCUCCAUGCUAUGGCGGGCAUCAAAACGGCAAAGACGAUGCUGCUUCCGGUGACGAUCAAGGGGGAGCGUCUCACUGCGCUGGUGGACACGGGCUCCACGCACAACUUCCUGUCCAACACCGCCAUGCGCCGCCUCGCUCUCCAACCGGCGGGAUCGGAGAACUACGUAGGCGACGAGCCGUUCUCCAUCGACUGCGUCGGCAUCGACUUGGGCUGCUACGACUUCAUCCUCGGCCUCGACUUCCUGAGCACCUUAGGCCCCAUCCUGUGGGACCUCGACGUGCUGUCCCUCAUCUUCUGGCGCGAGGGCGGCCGUCGUGUUCACCGGACGGGCGUGGGCAGCACCGGCACAUCCCCGCAGCCUACACCCGAUGGCCGCCGCGCUAGACGAGGCGCAUCCGCUCCCUGGCCGCCCUCAUCGCAGCAGCACGGCGACCUCUUCGACGAGCCGCAGGGCCUCCCUCCCUCGCGACCCUGUGACCACCGCAUCCACCUGCUGCCGAACACGGCACCCGUAGCUGUGCGGCCGUACCGGUACCCCCAGCUGCAGAAGGACGAGCUCGAGCGCCAGGUGGCGGUCAUGCUAGCACAGGGCAUCAUACGGAUCUCGACGUCACCAUUCUGCGCCCCCGUGCUCCUGGUGCGCAAGACCGACGGCACGUGGCGUUUCUGCAUCGACUUCCGCACCCUCAACACAGUCACGUCCAAGGACAAGUUCCCCAUCCCCGUCGUGGAUGAGCUCCUGGAUGAGCUGCAUGGCGCGCGCUUUUUCACCAAGCUCGACUUGCGCUCGGGCUAUCAUCAGGUGCGCAUGCACCCGGACGACAUCGCCAAGACGGCGUUCCGCACUCACCAUGGCCACUACGAGUUUUUGGUGAUGCCGUUCGGCCUCUCCAAUGCGCUGGCGACCUUCCAGGCUCUGAUGAACGACGUGCUCAGCCCCUACUUACGCCGCUUUGUGCUUGUUUUCUUUGAUGACAUUUUGAUCUACAGCGCAUCCUGGGCGGAGCACCUGCAGCACGUGGCCAUCAUCUUCAACGAGCUGCGAGCGCAUCGUCUUCACCUCAAGCGCUCGAAGUGCUCGUUUGGCACGACCUCCGUCGCAUACUUGGGCCACGUCAUCUCCGCCGACGGUGUCGCGAUGGACGCGGACAAGGUCGCUGCCGUCGCCGCUUGGCCAACGCCCCAGUCGCCACGAGCUCUUCGCGGAUUUUUGGGCCUCGCCGGAUACUACCGGCGCUACAUCCAGGACUUCGGUCUCAUCGCCGCACCCCUCACGCGCCUGCUUCGCCGCGACGCUUUCUCCUGGGACGAGGAGGCGGCCACGGCCUUCGCCGCCCUGCAGCGGGCACUCACGACGGGUCCCGUUCUUCAGAUGCCGGACUUCGACGAGCCGUUCGUGGUGGACUGCGACGCCUCCGGCAUCGGCUUCGGCGCCGUCCUUCACCAGGGCGAGGGUCCACUCGCCUUCUUCAGUCGCCCCUUCGCCGCGCGCCACCACAAGCUCGCCGCAUAUGAGCGCGAGCUGAUCGGGCUGGUCCAGGCAGUGCGCCACUGGCGGGCGUAUCUUUGGGGCCGGACAUUCCGUGUGCGCACGGACCACUACUGA